AUGGCAUCUGGACGUGCGACAAGCCAAACGCCGGUCCCGACCACCGAGACCGCUGAGUCGGCCGGCGCAUCGUCCACCGUCUCUGCGGCAGAAUGGGAGGGCAUGUCUAGCUUGCUGAAGAAUGUGUACGACUACAGAGAUGCAGAUGGCUACGACCCCACCAAACUGUUCCAGCGCAAGGUCAACAAACGCGCGGUGCCCGACUACUACGAUAUCAUCAAGGAGCCCAUGGCCUUGAGCACAAUCAAGGCAAAAGUUGCUCAGAAGGAGUACAAAACCACCGCCGAGUUUGUGCGCGAUCUUGCACUCAUUCCGCAUAAUGCGCAGGUCUACAACAGGCAGGAUUCACAGGCAUACGUCGAUGCGCUCGACGUCAAGAAAGUCAUCUUGCAAGAGCUGCAGCGACUAGUGGACGAAAAGAUCAUUCCGCAGUCUGUCGCAACGUUGCCAUACCUUGGCGAGAUUCCAGAGCAAGACCCAUUGUUACCAGAGGAGGAGGAAGAGGACGACGAGGAGGAAGAUGAGGAGGAACUUGAAGUUGAUGAAGAAGAGGACGACGAAGAGGAAGACGAAGGCAAGCGCAAGCGAAGGCGAGGCGCACGGUCUACAGCAGCGAUCAGCAAACGCGAGGGCAGGGAGAGAGCGAAGGCCGACGAGAAGGCCGAUGACCCAGAGUCAAGGAAGAAGCGCGGACGACCCCCGCGUGUCGACACGCCGAUGGAAGCCCGCAUCAAGACGAUCAUGAAGGGCAUUCGCAAGCCUAGGAAUAAAGCGAAUAAACUCAUGGUCAGCGCGUUCGAGCGUGUGCCGGACAAGGCCGUCAUGCCUGAGUACCAUGCGGAGAUCAAGAACCCGAUGGCCAUGGACAUCUUGAAGCGGAAGUUGAAAAGGAAGAAGUACAACUCUGUGGACCACUUCAUGGUCGAUGUCGAGCUUAUGUUUGAAAACGCAAAGCAAUACAACGAGGAGGAGAGCCAGAUCUACCAAGAUGCAGUCCAUCUGCAGAAGGAGGCCCGGAAGAUUGCCAAAGCCGAGAAAGAGAAGCCCGACACCGACUUCGUCAUGGAGGAAGGCCGCAUACCCAUGCCCAACGGUAUCCUGCACAACGGCGAACUUUGGAAGGUUGGCGACUGGGUCCACAUUCAAAACGCAAACGACCUCACGAAGCCCAUUGUUGCUCAGAUAUAUCGUACGUGGCAAGAUGCGGACGGUGGAAAGUGGGUGAACGCAUGUUGGUACUACCGACCUGAGCAAACAGUGCAUCGCUUCGAUCGGCAUUUUCUGGAGAACGAGGUAGUCAAGACAGGCCAGUAUCGGGACCAUCGUAUUGACGAGGUUGUGGAUCGAUGUUUCGUCAUGUUCGUGACGAGGUACAACAAGGGCCGGCCACGCGACUUCCCUCAAGACAAAGAGAUCUACGUGUGCGAAGCGCGCUACAACGAGGAAAACCACAAGCUCAACAAGAUCAAGACGUGGGCUAGUUGCUUGCCCGAUGAGGUGCGAGACAAGGACUACGUUAUGGAUCUAUUCGAUGCGCCACGGAAGCUGAAGAAGAACCCAAGCCCGAUCGCGUACAUGCUCAAAGAUGACCAAAAGGAGGACGACGACCUUCCCAAGCCCGAGUGGGGUGCUGAGAAUGCGCCUCCCAAGAUUGGCGCUGUUCAUCGAAGGCCUCGCGAUCCCAAGGACUCUCCACCACCAGAGCCCACGCCUCCUCCGCCACCAACACCUCCACCGGCGCCCGCACUUCCCACGCCUACUCUGCCCACUGCUUCCUCGCACGAGUUUCGAAUCAUCUCGGAAUUAUCCCAUUGCGCAGGCACCAGCAAUCUCACCCAAUGCCUGCUCCUACACCUCAGCAACAUCAUGCGUCGUAUCUCUCUCACUCCCAAUCACCUGCCCCGCACGCGCAUCAGCAAUCAGCCCCAGGCGCCUGCGUACCAGGCCAUCACGCCACAUGUGCCCUUCACCCCACAACCUGCCGCAUCUAUGCAGUCAUAUCAGACCCCACGUCCAGUGCCGGGGUACCAGCAGCCAUACACCCAGCAACCACCCAGCGGCUACAAGGUCCCUCAAGCAGUUGAAGUGUUUGUACUCAGUGACCACGCCAACCUCAGCAUACCGCAAGAGGUUCGCGAGCAGUUCCAGCGCGAUGAGAAAGGUCGAGUACUUUUCUUCACCGCACCGCCACUCAAUGUCGAACCACCUCUUACGAAGGAGGGCCGAGCGCUAGGCCAUUCUGUCCGGUAUCUCGCUGCCAAAGCUAAGAAAGACGCAAUGAGGGCUGCCAAGCGGAAGGCGGGAGAGGCCGGUGCUAUUGAGCGCGAACAGGCUGCGAAGAAGGCGAAGACAGACGAGGAAGAGAACUUCAAGCGUGCUGUAUCUGAGCUUGGAUUGAAGGCGCUGAAGGCACUCGAAGAUCAACUCGCAGCUGCUACAAAGGCGGAGCUCGAGGCUUCCUUCAACGGCAAGACGAAAGAGGGAUUGGCCCACGUUCUGGAUCAGCUUACCGAAGCUCAGAAGCAUGCCGUCCAGCGGAAAAUGGAGCGUGAGCUACAUGUCCUCGAGCGUGAGGCAGCGAAGAGGACGACUGUAACGGGUAUGACUGCCAGGCUGGAGGAGAAGAUUUGAGUAACAUUCAUGUCCGUUCGGUAUCUGGCGUUAGCAGUUUUGGGGGGGAACAUGCUUGUUUUCGAUUGGACCUAGCAUCCCAGGCAUGCUAUCUUAAG